AUGUCAGACUCAUUCCUCUACGAAUACCCUUCACCGUUGGAAGGUUAUGAAGGUCUACCACCACUCCCCGACGCGUUGAACGAGGAGGAUGGUAAAUCUUUCAAGAACUCCCAAACCGGAGUCUUGAGUCCCAGUUACGAGAAAUUCACUUCGGGGGUCACCAACGGCCGGCGUGGAGGUUUCGACGUCCACAUUUACUACCAUUACGGAAGCGAGUUUGAGAAAGGAUUCGCCAGAGCUUUGUGGGAAAGAAUCCGAAGGGAAUUUCCAGAAUUGAGAAUAUAUAAACUCUGGGAUCGUCCUGUAGGACCUCACACCAUGGCAAUGUUUGAGGUCAACAUCUUUACACCGGCACAGUUUGGGGCCUUUAUACCUUGGUUGGUGAUCAAUAGAGGACCUCUUUCGGCGUUGGUACAUCCAAACACGGACGACGGAGAUCACCUGAGAGCUCACAGUCAGCGUGCGACCUGGCUAGGUGAAAGAAUACCACUCGAUCUGAGAUCCUUGAAGGAGUUCGAGGAGAAGAAUCGAGACCAAAAAGCCACAAAGUAA